AUGGCUCAAGAAGAGAUGGAACUUGAUUUCCAAGCAGGGGCUGGUUCUUCUGCAGAGAACCUCAACACACUUUCCACAGAACCCUCUGGUCAUGCUGUGCUGUCAUCCCAUGUACCGGUGCUCAGUGAAGGAGGGACAGAGUCUGAUGACACUAUUGUCAUACCAAAUGCUGGUACAGAGGAAGCAGCUGCUGAGCCUGACCCACAGCUGAGUCCUGUCACAGCUCCCAGUAUACUCCAAAGGCUGCAAGGGGAACAGGUCAUGCAUCUGUGGGUGAGGAGAAGUCGCAGCCAACAGCGAGUUGGUGGUUCCCAGAGGACAAUCAGUGCCAGGGCAGCCCUGGACAGUUACUUUCAACUCAGCAGGACCCAACAGCCAGCUGCAGAGCCAGUUCUGCAUAUGGAGCCUCUGCAUAUUGCAGGGGACAGCCAGGAACACAGCUCAGAUGAAACAAUAGAAAUAAGUGAGACUCACAGCAGCACUUCUACUGAGGAGGAGGAAGAGGAAGUGCUGGGGGCUGCAGCACCGCUGUUACCAUCAGCCCAGGAGACACCUCUGACAGCUAGCUUGGAAGCUUCCAGUCAGAUCCAAGGAGAGCCACCUCAAGCAUUGUCUCAAGCUUCUGCAGUACACAGAAGUCCUGAAGGUGAAGAGGCUGAAGUCCAGCUAAAGCAGAGAGCUCCACUAAAGGGACCGGAGCCAUCAGUUCCUGUUGCACCACUGGAUGAGGAGGAAGGGGACACCUGUGCCAUCUGCUUUGAGCAGUGGACCAACAGUGGGGACCACCGUCUCUCAGCACUGCGGUGUGGACACCUCUUUGGCUAUAUAUGCAUCAAAAAGUGGCUCAAGGGACAGGAAGGGAAGUGUCCCCAGUGCAACAAGAAAGCAAAAUCUUCUGACAUUGUGAUCCUGUAUGCUCGCACUCUGAAAGCGCUGGAUACCAGUGAGCAAGAAUGGAUGAAAAGCUCCCUAAAAAAGGAGCAAAUGUUGCGGAGACAGGCAGAGCUGGAAUCUGCACAGAGCCGUCUCCAGCUACAGGUUUUGACAGACAAAUGCAGCAAACUCCACAAGCAAGUUCAGGAGCUGAGGGCUCUGAUGGCCCAGCACAAUGCAGGUGCUUCUGAGAAGCCUGGCAGCUCCCGUACACGCCUUCCAGGCAUCCUGCCCUCCAGCCAAAGCCAGUGCAAGUACCACUUGGAAAAGGUUUUCAUGGUGUCUCAGUCUGGGAACUGCAGAGUAAUGGCAUACUGUGACUCACUGAGCUGCCUUGUGGUAUCACAGCCUUCUCCAGAGUCUACAUUAAUUCCUGGUUGUGGUGUUAAGAUGCUGAGUGUGGCCAACCUGAGGAGCAGUCAGUACAUCCCCAUCCACAGUAAACAAAUUCGGGGCCUGGCUUUUGGUGGUCGAGCAGAUGGCUUGCUGCUCUCUGCUGCUCUGGACAAUGCUCUCAAGCUUACCAGCUUGGCAACAAAUACUGUGGUACAGACAUACAACACUGGCCGCCCUGUCUGGAGCUGCUGUUGGUGUCUUGAUGACACAAACUACAUCUACGCUGGGUUGGUCAAUGGCUCUAUCAUGAUAUAUGAUUUGAGACACACAAACUCUCAUGUCCAGGAACUAGUCCCCCAGAAGUCCAGGUGCCCCAUGGUAUCACUGUCCUAUCUGCCCCGGAUGGACUCAGCUUCACUGCCCUACGGUGGAAUUUUAGCUGGCACCUUGGAAGGAGCCUGCUUUUGGGAACAGAAAGCUGGCAACUCUUACCAGCCUCAUCACCUGCCACUGGAACCUGGAGGAUGCAUUGAUCUUCAAGCAGAGAUCAGCACACGGCACUGCCUCGCAACAUACAGGCCCAGUAAAAAUAACCCAUGUGUGCGUUGUGUGAUGAUGGAGCUGACUUGCAGCCCACUGGCAGAGACCUCUGAAGACCUUGUGUGUUCUUCUAACUUGGUUCAGACUUUCAGUGCUGGGCCCACCUGCAAGCUGCUGACCAAGAAUGCUAUUUUCCAGAGCCCGGAGGAGGAUGGCAGCAUCUUUGUCUGUGCUGGUGAUGAGGCAUCCACUUCCGCACUGCUAUGGGAUGCUGGAAGUGGGUCCUUGCUGCAGAAGCUGCAGGCUGACCUGCCUGUGCUGGACAUCUGCCCCAUGGAAGUGAACCAAGCCCACCUCCUGGCUGCUCUGACAGAGAGGCUGGUGAAGAUCUACAAGUGGCAGUGA